AUGAAGUUGACCUGGGCGACAUUACUACUCCUACUCGGUUCCACGGGGGUCUCUUCCCUCACCAUCCCCUCCGAAUCAUCCGCACUCGUCGAGCGAGAUGACGCGCCUGUCUACGGUGAAUUCCUGGACUUGGAGAAGCGACGCGGAGGUGGAGGAGGAGGAGGGCGUUCCAGCAGCUCCGGAGGAUCAAGUGGAGGCCGUAGUGGCAGUUCCAGUUCCGGUUCCGGGAGCUCGAGCUCGAGCUCGGGAGGCUCGAGCCGAGGUGGAAGUAGCGGCGAUAGCUCGAGUGGCAGUCGCGGUGGCUCCUCCGCUUCGACGAGCAACCGGGGAGGCUCAACAAGCAGAGGAUCUGGCACGCAGGCCUCUUACGGCGGUGGAAGAUACUAUGCCGGUGGCGCACGUACACCCUACACCGCUGGCUCGAGGUCUCCUCUAGGGAUCACGCCGUUCCUCUUGCCAGUCGCGGCGCUGGCCUUCUUCCCCGGCAUCUGGCUAUACGGUGCCUAUGCCUAUCCGUACCAUCACCCUUAUUACUACGAGGACGAGCAAAACCACCGCAAUGAAUCAAUGCCCGUGGUUUGCGUGUGCCAGGAGUAUCAAGAGUGUGGCUGUGAUGACAACAACAACAGCACCUACUACGAAGACCUUUUCAAUGGCACCCAGCCCAGAAACACCACUAAUACCCACGUGGUCGAUGUCAACGGCACCGAGAAGAUCUAUAUCAACGGUACGCUGGCCAACGGCACCACCGCUGCGGACGGUUCCUCAUCGGGAGCAUCGGCCUCUGCGCAGACUUUGCUGCACGCCAGCGGAUACUGGGUUACUGCAGCCCUGGUAACUACCGCCGUGUGGAUAUUUUAA